CUUUCACAGGCUGGACUGGAACCUCGACGCGCGAAUUCCGUCAGCGACUCCCCCAAAAUAAAAGCGAUCCCUUGUCUCCGUGCAAAAAAGCCCUUCAAACUCUUUUUAUCCUCACUCUCCUUUACGCCGUCUGUUGCACUGCUUCACCGCUCACCUAUAUACAUUCACUUGAGUGGAUUUCUGUGACUUGUCGGUCUGUACGAUUGCAUCUACGCCUUUCCCGAUAUUGCCUCCCCCGGGUGCUUCGUUGGUCCUUGCUUUUUCCGUUUGCCGAGCCCGCGCCGAAGUUUUUUAUCGACGCCUCCCUAAAUUCUCAAUCAGCGACUCAACACAACACUCGACACCCCAAUAUCCCCGUUAAUCCCACUAUUUUGCUAUCAAUCCGGAGCACACUAGCUUUUGAUCAAAGCCUGGUGGCUGGCUUGAGCGCCCGCUCGUCGCCUCUCCCUUCACCGCGUCUCCGAGCAUUCCCGGUUCACCAUGAAGAUCUUCCAACAAUCCUCAGAAUUCGACUACUCCUGGGAAGAAGUCUCGACAUCGAAUUGGCGCAAAUAUGGGCCCUGGAAUGAGAAGACACCGCAUGUCAUCGCCGUCGAUACAAUUUCCCGGACAAUAGACCCUCACACCGGCAUCCUUCGAACCGAGCGCCUCAUCACCUGCAAGCAAUCAGCACCGAAAUGGGUACUCUCGAUUCUGGGGGGCCAAGACACGUCGCUCGUGUAUGAAACAUCCUACGUUGACCCCGCGCACAAGAAAGUUACCAUGUGCGCAAUGAACAUAACGUGGUCAGACGUGCUCUCCGUGCGGGAGACGUGCGUGUACCAGCCUUCAUCGUCCGCACCCGACGCAAAAACAAACUUCGUUCAGCGCGCCGAGAUCACCGCGCUUUGUGGCGGCUGGCAGAAGAUCAAGAACAGCAUCGAGCAGUUUACGGUGGAGAGAUUCCAGCAGAACGCGGCGAAAGGGAAAGAGGGAUUCGAAAUGGUGCUCGAGAUGAGUCGGAAGGUGUUUGCGGAACAGCGGGAGAUGUUGAGAUUACAACAAGAGUCUAAGAUUCUCCAAGAGGCGAGGAUAUAACCGCGCGCCCCCAGAUUCCCUCAGCAUCUCUGGUUCUAUUCUCAACAAGACUUGCAGCUCGUCAUCGGCAAGCCAUACCUACAUAUUUACAACCCCACACUCGGCUCGCCUAUAAAUAUCCUCUUACCACCCUCCUCUGUUUCACCCCAGCUCCACGCUCUAGAUGUCGGCGUUACAACUCUAUUUCCGUCCUUAUUCUCGUUCCCAGUCAUAGGAGGCAAAAGUACUCGAUUUCCCGGCGUUUUAUAGCAUGACAUGGCAUGGCAAGGCGUUCCUAAUACCCUCGCUUUUCAAAGAUCCUCGAGGGCCCAAUUUGGGGGACUUAGACCUCGUUUGUUCAUGCGAAAUCUGAUUAGAUGAUAGAUGAGAGAGAAAUGAUUCAGAGCAAUUGCAUUGAAUGGUGAUUGCUAGCUAUACAUAGAUUUUGGUUUGGAAUGGAGUAAUUCAUGAACG